AUGCGCUUCCCAGCUUCACAUGGCAAGAAGCUGCGUCUACGCAAGAUCGAGACGUCAAUCAAGGUCAUCGUAGCGUGCGUCAUCUUACACAACCUUUGCCAGUCGGCUGGGGAUGAUGGCGCAUGGCUGCUAGACGGGCUGGCGGCUCUGCCCGCAGAACAAGACAACGUUGAGGACGAUCCUAUCACGGAAGGGGGGCUGGUCGGCCGGGACCCGCCCAGGAAGCCCAGGCCACCCGAACCCAACGAACAGCCGGACCGUCCAGAGCCAUCGGAGCCGCCCAAGCCGCUGGAGGCCACCGAGCCGCCGGAGCUGCCCAAGCCCCCGAGCCAUCUAGAGCCGCCCGAGCCGCCCAAGCCACAGGAGCCCACGGAGCUGUGGGAGUCGCCCAAGCCCCCAAACCGCCAGGUGUCACGCUCCAGGGUGUCCCUGACGUAUCGGGUGAAGUCGGCGCAUAAGCUGAAGCUCACGGACAAGCAGCUGCUGCAGUGGCUGUUCCCGAUUCUGCUCAUUAUGAUCAUCUACCUGAGCUCGUGGACCAUCAGUGACCCUCCGAAGGCCGUCGUUGUGCGGGACGCCGAGGGCCUCCAGUUCCGGCAGUGCGAGUUCGGUUGGUGGGACCACUCCAUAGCGGCAGGGGAGCUGCUGUUCCUCUUCUGGGGCAUCAAGGUGUGCGUCAACGUGCGGAACGCGCAGACGCUGUUCGACGAGGCCAAGUACAUCAGCUGGGCCAUCUACAACAUCGCCAUCGUCAACAUUACCAUGGCCAUGGUGCAUUUGCUGGUGCCGUCCGGACCGGACGUGAAGUAUCUGUGUGGCUUCGUGAGAACCCAGCUCAGCACCACCACCACCAUCGCACUCAUCCUGGCGCCCAAGUUUUACAGAAUCGCCGUCGGGCUCGGCGACGAAUAUGACGCACGGGCUCAGGCCCGCGGCGCCGCCGCCUCCUUCUACCUGAACGGCAUCGAGCCAGACGAGGAGGACAUCAGCAUCUAUCGGGAGAAUGAAGAACUAAAGGAGGAGGUGCAGAAGCUGGCGGCGCAGAUCGAGUUCAUGAAGAUCGUGCACAUGGAGGCCAACAACCGUCAUCUGAAACCGCGGCGCGAGGGCUACUUCUCUCAGAGCGCGCCCGGCCGGCGGAAGUCGAGCAUUGGCGCGGCGCUGCAGCUGGACGCCUACACCAGUCUGGGGCCCGACAGUCUGGCUCUCAGAGGCAACGAGGUCUGA